AUUAUUCCAAGUCCAGGUCAGUUCACAAAGGUCGACAACAAAUUCCUGAGAAACUGUCAAGCACGAGCCUUGUCAAUGCUCCAGAUAAAUUCUAAAUCCUUCCACUGCUUCAUAUCCCCGUCCAGUCCGAAACUCUCCUCUGGCCUCCCCGCAUACAGCAAAACGCCUCUAUCUGAUCGAAGCUCAAUCGACUGUAUCCAGCAUCAUUGCACUGCGUUUCCUGACCCGUUGAAAUCGAAACCCGAGGAACAUGUGCAACUACUUCAAGAACUACUACAUCUACAGUUCCUGUCGUGAACCGUCGCAACAUUUCAUCCGGACAUCUGUCGAUGGAGCCAAAGACGCCAAAUGUUCAGACAGUCCGCAUGACAGGUUCAUUGUGGUGGUUGGAAAAUGCUUGCUCUGUAGUCGACAUUGAAUGGCAUCAAUCUUGGAUCAAUCGCGAGCGGCAACGACAUUGCGACCUUCCCGUUUUGGCCUGGAGCGACGGUCCUCUUCCCAAUCGAAGCAGGCGCAUCUUGGCUUCAUUACCUCCGGGGACUAUAUCGGAGCCUACCUGACGCUACACCCUUCAUUACGACGCUUUUAUUGUCUCUCAUAUUAACUCUGGCUUAUCAUGACUUCUAAACGAUGCCGUCUUGUGGUGUUGAUGUUGUAUUCACUUCUCCUGUGCACAUAUUGUUGAUUCUGUACUUUCACUUCUUGCUUGUCUUACUCAUUACUGAUAUCAAGGGCCCCAAAAGGCCAAGCCCGGGUUAUGAUCUGCGGAUUUGGGUACCGUUGUAUGCAUGGCGCUUGGAGGAGUCCAAAAGACUGGCCGGUUUAUUAGAUUGCUUUUUCUUCUCGAUACUUCACUUUAUGUUUUCUUCUUUCCAGCCCACCCUUUGA